GUGGAAGACACAAAGUGCACGAAUCUUUAUUCAAUUUCCACCACCAGGAAGAUUGGGGUUAGAAUUUAACAAAGUCAUGGCUGUUAACUGUCAAUCAGCAUCCAUGGUUCAAGCUCCAUGGCAAGCCCUCUACAGAUCAGAGUCCACUUAUCAUCCAAUCAGCAUUCUCCAAUCAGAUUUGCAUUUUACUGACACGUAUCAAUCCUUCCUUAAGCCAUAUGCUAAUUAUGUCCCAGUGCUUUGUCGAAAGCUGCUCAUUGUUUUCGAGAUGUAUUGCUCACAUACAAACAAACAGAGUGGGCCAAAAGAUGACCCCCACCCGCCUUGAGUGGCGGGUGCGGUCACGAUCAGGUUAUUGUGGUCUGCUUCUUCCCCGUUCACCCACCAUCUCACUGCAGCAUCUGGACCAAUCUCCUCUUACCCCCAACCCCCGGCCUCUGGAUUGCAAAGGGAAGUGGGGGGACUGACAGGAGGAGAACUGGCUUCUUGCAGAGCAGCAAGAACCUGGGAGCACUGACUGUCAAUCAUCCCAGCUCCCCAACUCCUCCAAACACAAGGCGAAUGAACCCCCCCCUCUUCCUGGAUGACUGAUGCUUGUUGAAGGCAGAAUGUUUAUUUACUACUACAGCCCGGCUCUGCGUGUGGGUGCCUGGAUAUAAAUAGCGAGAAUUCCGUCUCCAAUGUCGCGCAGGUUGGAGCUCAGCCCUGUGUUUUUGUUCCUCGCGGUUGGGAGCUCGCCAACAGACUGGGGGCUAAGGAUACCUGCUUCAGAAAUCGGCUGAUGCUGGACUGGGAGUAGAGGAACGAAAUCCCUCUGUGCUUCCUACCAAGCGGAACGAUCAGGUAUCCUAAGGAAUAUUGCAUGAGAGAAGGAAGUACUAGGCAACACAGCAGUUUUCACUGUGGAUUUGCGCCCACCCCUGGGCUGAGAAAGAGCAACUGUGAAGAUUGCAGAGCCGAAUGGGGACUGUACCAAAACCUCAGGAUUCUCAGGCUGUGCAAAGAUCAGCAGCUGCAAUGGGCAGAAAAGACCUUGGAGGAAGCUCUUGUAACAACAGCCAACAGAAAGCAACCUCCCCAGAUCAACAGAAAGCAUCAAGCUCCUCACUUAUGCUAAAGGAAAGUUUAAUUAACUCAGCCCCUUUAAUACUGGAAUCCAGGCAGACCGAAAAUGCCACAUCCAAACUGUACACCAAUGGAGAUCAGGCUGAGUGCGAUGGAGGUGGAGAAAUCGGCCAGUGGAUAAAGCCAGAUGCAAUGAACAGCAGUCAGCAAGGUGCUGAGAAAAAUGCUCAAAACUCUUCAGAGGUCAUUAUAAACCAGCAGACAAAAUAUGUGCAUCAAGGUCAGCCAGAUAUAUGUCCUGACCCUGGACUUUCUGGGACCAAUAGGCAACUGAUCAAACCUGCUGACCCUCAACUUAUGGGGACUGACCACCAGCAGACCAAACACACUGACCCUGGACCUACUGGGACUGACCACCAGCAGACCAAAUCUGCUGACCCAGGACAUACUAGGACUGACCAACAGCAGACCAAACCUGCUGACCCUGGACAUACUGGGACUGACCACCAGCAGACCAAACUUGCUGACCCUGGACAUACUGGGACUGACCACCAGCAGAGCAAACCUGCUGACCCUAAACAUACUGGGACUGACCACCAGCAGACCAAAUCUGCUGACCCUGGACAUACUGGGACUGACCAACAGCAGACCAAACCUGCAGAUCCUAGACAUACUGGGACUGACCACCAGCAGACCAAAUCUGCUGACCCUGGACACACUGGGACUGACCAACAGCAGAACAAACACACUGACCCUGGACAUACUGGAACUGACCACCAGCAGACCAAACCUGCUGACCCUGGAUGUACUGGAACUGACCACCAGCAGACCAAACCUGUUGACCCUAGACAUAGUGGGACUGACCACCAGAAGACCAAACCUGCUGACCCUGGACAUACUGGAACUGACCACCAGCAGACCAAACACACUGACCCUGGACCUACUGGGAGUGACUACCAGCAGACCAAUCCUGCUGACCCUGGACAUACUGGGACUGGAACUGACCACCAGCAAACCAAUCGCACUGACCCUGGACAUACUGGGACUGACCACCAGCAGAAUAAACACACUGACCCUGGACCUACUUGGACUGACCACCAGAACACUGAACAUGUUGAUCUUGGAUAUCCUGGGACAAGUUACCAAAAAAUCAGCAUUGAAAGGAGAGAGGAAAAGAGGGUUGGGAUUAGGACUGAUGUGGAACAACUUGAGUCUGCAAUAAGGGAUGGACUCCAAACAGUCACUGUGAAAGAAGAAACUGCCUUUAAUAUGAAAACUGGAAACCGAAAGGAGCAACUGAGACCUACAAAGGAAGAAGCUCCUCCCAAAACUGGCCCUGACAUACCUUCAGAAUCGCAUGUGCAAAAGAUUGGAGCUAGAGGAACGCAGGUGUCCACCCAGUACAGUUCUAGAGAACACCAACAAAUGCAGCCAGUAGACACAGAGCCAAAUCUAGGAGGGAUUGGUCAGCAACAACAACAGGAGUCCAAAUUUAAAGAUGCCGAAACAAUGACGAGUCAGUCACCAGGCAGCUACUUCCCAUUCAUUUGGAACAAGUCUUGUCGGGAUGUUGAGGUCCAAGCUGUCCUGCAAAGUUUUCAGUGUAAAUCCACAGCGACCAGCCCCCAGAGUCCAGCCCCUGGCUCAAUGAGUGAGUGUCAGGUUGUCCAGAAUGUUUAUUCAGAAAGCAGUCAUUCCAAGCUCAGUCAGUCAGCGCGAAUUAGUGACAGUUACCAUGAGUCAGAACAACUGAAGGUAACGUGUACCUUUACAGAAGGAUCUGAACACUCGAAUGUUGUCUAUGAACUGCACGAAGAGUUAGUGGGGAAAACCAAGACCGAAUCUUUCUUAUCAGAGGUUACUUACCGAAAUAAAACUGAAAAUGCACAGGAAUUCUCUAAAGAGUCUGAUUAUGAUCCAAAAGCUAUCAAUGUCAAAAAGAGUGAGCUAACAAAUGCUGGAGGACUUACAGACUGUGGACAGGCAUCAUCCGUUCUUGUUACUAAUGAAUCAGAAUCUGGGACACAUGUUUCCGCAAAGCUCAGAGCAGAACCUGAACGCUUGAAGGUGGCUGUGGAGUUACAUGAGAGAUCCAUGCAGUCGCACAGCCCUUGUGAUAACAGUGAGAACUCAGAACAGCCAAACAUUAAUAACAGUGGUAACCAAGAGACUGGCGUUCCCACCCUUUUACGUUGUGUUGUAAAUGAAUCUUCUCAGUGUUUUUAUGAUAGCAGCAGGAAGUCAGCCAUUGCUACAAAUGUCCAUGAAAAAUCCAACCAGAAAGAAACCGCCAUGGAUAAAUCUAGCCAAUCAAACAGUUCUACCAAAAUUAGUAGAAAAAAUGACCACCUACACGACAGUAUAACUAAAUUUGACCGUUUCAAAAUGUGGCCUGAAAGUAGUGGGCAAUCUGGACUGCUGCAGAAACCUGACCCAUCAACAAUGGCUCCUGACAUUACCAAGCCAUCCUUCUGCUUGAAAACUGUUGGGGAUAUCCAAAUAGAUUCCAGUGGGCCACUCAGUAUAGGUACUGUCCCAAAGGGAUCUGACCAAUCUCAAGCUCCUGGUGAUGUGAUUAAAAUAUCUGGACAAGCCCACAAUGUUUACCGAAUCAAAAGGGAACCUGAUCUUGAUGCCAAAAAACAAAUGAACCAAACAAAAGACCUGCCUGCCAAUAGUGAGUCAGAAGACCAACCACAAGGUGUUUGUAAUGACAGUGAAGCUUCUGGCCCAAUGGAAGGUCCUUACGGUAUCACCGUGGAAACUGUUCAGCCAGAAGCCAACCAGUGCAUCAGCGUACUCUCUGGUCACCCAAAAGAUGAACAUGACACCAAUAAAAAAGUGUCUCAAUCACAAGCUGUGGACAGUGUCAGUAAAGAAUGUGAGCAACCCAAAAAUGACUCAGACAUCAGCAAAACAUCUGCUCAGGUGAUAACUCUAUAUAAUGACGGUAAGGGAUUCACCCAAUCAGAAGCUGGCUGUGCAACCAUCAAGGGAAGUGGCCAGUCAAAAACUGACCCCCAUGUCAGUAAGCAAUCUCACUUUUUUGAGACCAAAAAGCCAAAACCUACUAUUGAGGUGAACGUUGAACCGAAGCAUUCAGAUAGUGACCCAGAUAAACAGGCAGUUCAAUCAAAGAAUGUCCGCGAUGUGGUAUGGGAUGAGCAGGGUAUGACCUGGGAAGUUUAUGGUGCCUCGCUUGACCCUGAAUCACUGGGGUUUGCCAUUCAGUGUCACUUACAGAGACAGAUCGUAGAAUAUGAGAAGCAAAUCAAAGUGAACAAUCAGAGCAAAAGAUCUGCUUCUUUGGAUGCAACACCUGGGAGUAAUAAAGCCAACAAAAGGAGGCAGCAAAAUAUAUUCAGGACAGUUCUGCAGAACAUGAGAUCCCCACAGUGUUGCCUUCGUCCGCAGCCUUCCUCUGUGAUUGACUGAUGGGAACUGUUGUCAUAUUUCAGCCAAUCUUCCAAAUUGUUUGUGACGGACCACUUUCUGCACUUAUUGUUCAUGAGUAGUUUGAACCUUUAUUACAGAUUCUUUUCCCUGCAAAAUAUAUACAGUGGCUGUAGUUAUCAUACAUGGCAUUUCUAUGUUGUAUCUGUCUACUAGAUACAAUUAAGAGACCUGUAGGUCAUCUAUUAGGCAAUAAUGACCACCAUUUGUAAACAAAAUGACCUAGUUAGAUUUUAUUUCAUAAUUAUUAAAUGAUACUAUAGAGGUGACUGUUCUGUGAAGAUUUUAUUCUGAACUUUUUUUCUUGAUCUUGAUAACAUGUACCCAUCACCUGAAGUUCUCAACUAUUCAAGCAUGCUCUAGUAUGCAUGAACAUAAUUGAUAUAUUUUAAUGUUAAUGCUUCGAGGGAACAAGGUUACAUAGUUAGACCAUGACACUUGCAGUUUUGUGAUUACUGUAGAAUGUCCUCAGCAAAACAACUAACUAUUGCAACAUUUCAAUGUAGAGGCUAACAUUGCAGUUGUCUAGUGCAUAGUCUUAGAGGUACAGGGGAAUAAAUGGCUUUUUGAAUUAAUUAAGGAAAAGAAUGCAACUUGUCACAGAUGCUUGAUUGUUGUGUAAAAUAGAAUACGUGGACUAAUAUACUGUAUUUAGUAAGCCAGAGCAUUUUAUAUUGUAUAAAUAUGAGAAGUAUCACUAUUACACAUUUUAGCUUCCUCUCCAAGGUGAAAUCCAUGUAUUGCGACUUGUAUCUUAGAUGACGGUCCUGACUGAUGUCAAAUUUUUUUUCUUUUUUUUGUACUGUUAUUGAUAUUGAUUGUUUACUGUUUGUCUUUUGCUAACCAGCAUAGAGAUUUAUAUUAAAAACCCGCUCUGUGUCCAUUCCCUUACACGUACUGAGUAACCAGUCUCUGCUGUCCGUCCUUUGCCAAUAUAAAUGAGAAGGACUGAUUUAAUCCUCCUUAUCAAAAUUGGAUAGAAACACAUGGAGCAUGUGUGGCUAAGUUUAAUUUUGUUGCUGCAUUGACGGAGAUGAGCAGAGAUGCUCCCUGUGUUCACAGAAUUCCAAUCACUUCACUUCCCUCCACACACAAGGCAGCCCUUGGCCAGUUACUUUAUAGCUGCAACUUUCUCAGGCUUAGCAAGUGGUAGAUGUUCAUUGGCAACUCACCCAAAGCAAUGUUAAUCAAUCCAAGGCCCAGUUUCUUCAACGAUAACCACGAUGUAUUGUAUUUUUAAAUUUCAAUCUGUUUCUGUUAGAGUAAUGUAAUAAAUAUGAACGAUAUAUGGGACAAA